GAGGAGGGAAGGGUAGGUCUCCAACUUAAAACAAAUUGUUUUUCACCUCCCCUCCAACCAAGCCACUGCACCUCUGAUCACCCAUCCUUCAUUCUCCACGGCUUCCGCUGUCGUCGAGGUCUCUCUGAGAAAUUCAUCUGUGGUAUCUAUAACAUAACCCUGAACCUGCAGAUCCACCUGAUUUGGAGCCCAAACUGUUUGCCAUCCUAGGGCCCUUAGUCCUGCCGUCCGCGACAUCAGGUUAAUUUAGGAAUGGGUGAGUUAUGAGGAUUUCUGGAGUCGUUUCUAAUUGUUGUUCUGUGAGCGAAUUGAGACAAUUGGAAGAGAGGAGAGAACGCCGGCGUCGCUAGAAGAUAUGGGUUAUUUGAACUCUGUGCUUUUGGCGAGUGGAAUCCAGGGUGAUGGUUCUCCCGUCAGCGGCGGAGGCCUCAGUCAGAACAGCAAAUUCAGCUAUGGAUAUGCCAGUUCUCCAGGGAAAAGGUCUUCAAUGGAGGAUUUUUAUGAAACAAGAAUUGAUGGUGUAGAUGGUGAAAUUGUUGGUCUUUUUGGAGUAUUUGAUGGUCAUGGUGGCGCUCGUGCUGCUCAAUAUGUUAAACAAAACCUAUUCAGUAACUUGAUUAAGCACCCUAAAUUCUUUAGCGACACAAAGUCAGCAAUAGUUGAUGCAUACAGUCAAACAGACUCAGAGUUUCUAAAAUCUGAAAAUAAUCAUGGCCAUGACGCUGGAUCAACUGCUUCAACUGCUAUUCUUGUUGGUAAUCGCCUGUUGGUUGCUAAUGUUGGAGAUUCUAGAGCUGUUAUCUGUCGAGCUGGAAAUGCUAUAGCUGUUUCUCGAGAUCAUAAACCUGACCAAACGGAUGAAAGACAACGCAUCGAGGAGGCUGGAGGUUUUGUAAUGUGGGCAGGGACCUGGAGGGUUGGUGGUGUACUUGCUGUAUCCCGUGCAUUUGGUGAUAAACUUCUAAAGCAGUACGUUGUGGCAGAUCCAGAAAUACAGGUCCAGUAAUGACAUUUACAUCUUAAAUGUUUUACUUCAUUUGCUCUAAACUUGUAUGAUUCUAG